UCAGUCAACCUAAGCGUGUUCGGAGUUUGGAGACUUUGGAGUUUGGAGCAGCUUAUGGUCAGCAACUCUCCGGCUGCAAAUAAAAAAAAACCUCAACUUAUCAGAUAAAGAAAAAACGUAAGCAGAGGAGCAUACAUUUCUUCCGCUCAGCUGCGUGUACGCGUCUCAGAGAGCCGCCUUCGCUUGCCAAGACAAUUGUUAUUGAAUACAGCAGAUGAUCACCAGCUGAGUACCUUCAUUAUGAUUUUUUAUCAGGUUUUAAGGAUAUUGUCACGUGGGAAGAGUGUUAUUCUUAAUAUAUUACAAAAUUACUUUCAUAAGAGCAAUAAAUACAAGACUACUAAAAUGCAACUCCUAAUGUGUGCGCAAAUACCAUUGUGCUCUAAAGCACUCAGAAUAGGAUUUUCCACAAUGCUUCAAAAAGGUCCUAGACCUAUAAUACUGUGUGGACCAUCUGGUAGUGGAAAAAGUACACUAAUAAAAUUGCUGUUUAACGAGUAUCCAGAUAAAUUUGGUUUCUCCGUGUCUCAUACGACUAGACAGCCAAGACCUGGCGAAGAACAUGGAAAGCAUUAUUAUUUUACAACCAAAGAGGUGAUGCAGGAACAAAUUGAUAGAGGAGAAUUCCUCGAGACCGCGGUUUUCAGCAACAACAUGUAUGGAACAAGUAAAAAAGCUGUCGAAGAUGUUCAAAAAUCUGGAAAAAUUUGCAUAUUAGACAUAGAAACUGAAGGAGUGAAGCAAAUCAAAAAAAGCUCUCUCAAUCCUUUGUUUAUCUUUAUAAAACCACCAUCAAUUCAAGAAUUGGAAAAGCGUUUAGUUGGUAGAAAAACUGAAACUAAUGAUUCCAUGCAAAGACGGUUAUCUUCUGCAAAGGCAGAAAUUGAAUUUGGUGAAACUCCAGGUAAUUUCGAUUUGGUAGUUAUAAAUGACAACAUUGAUAAAGCAUACGAAAAGCUCAGAGAUUUUAUAAUGAAAGAAUCUAGCCAACAAAUUCAGUAGGAACGGUACACAUAUACCUUGAUUAAAAUUUAUUGUAAGUGCCAACUUAGAUUGAAAUUAUUCACAAGCUAAAAGCUUGUAACUAUAAGAGAGACAGCGCGCGGUAAAAACACAAAUGAAAGGUUUAAGUAUUAAGACAACAAAUAGCAUGAAAUGUAUGCAAAAGCACCUCGUAGUCGCUUACAAAUCAACUUGCAUUUACAGCUUGAAAUAAUGAUUUUUAUAUUUUCUGAAUUUGUUUAAUCCUCAAGUUGUGAUAAUUUGCAUUGCAAUCGCUAGGUGGAAUCAACUCUGACAUCAAUCUAUGUAAGAUAUUUAAGUUUUAUGGUAUCGAGUAUUCUUAAAUGUGUAGAAGUAACUAGUAUAGAAUAACUAACAAAUGUUAAAUACGUAAUUUUAAUCUACUGAAUGAUGAAAUUUACAAAUCAUGAUCAGUUUGACUAGUUCUAGUAAUAAUGAUAACGAAGCAAUAAGUAACUGAGAUGCCCAACAUAAAAAAAAUCUGUUUGAUUAAAUUAAUAAGUAUUAAAACUUUGUUUUUGUAUCUUGAUAUUUUAUUUUUCAAAGAACUUCUCAAGUAUAGUCUGCGAGAAAUUUCGCAAUAGAAUGAAACGCGUACUACAUUAAAAAAAUACGGUAAAUGAACCAUUAACUGGAAAAAAAUAUUUUAUUUUUAAAGAGUUAAGAGUUACUUAAUUUCUUUUAGUUUAACAAUCUUGAGUUCGUAACCUUUUGCAGUUAUCGUGCUUCCGCAAUUAAAACGCUUCUGUUCACGCUUCAAAGUAAUAUGUAAACGAUAAUUUAUCUAAAACAACCGACUUGAUUACUUAUCAACUAUUGCAUUAUAUGAAAAAGCACGCAUUUUUAAACACGUAGAAACAUGUAAACCGACAAAGAGAAUGUAAAGAAAAACAAAUGUUUGAAAAUAUUGUAAAUAUGGUAUGUUCUUUUUUUUUUU